AUGAUAUCUGAAGAUUUCCUAGAACAUGAUAAAUCUCUCACAUACAAAUCAACAGAUAUUUCAUGUACUAACCCUGCAGAACAAGUGAGUAGUGCAUCAGAAAAUCAAAAUUCUGGCACACUACCCACAACUGAGUCAACUGUUCAAGGGGAAACUUCAAAUCCAUCAGAACCAACAACUUUUCAUAACAAGUUAAGAUGGAUCAAAGGACAUGUUCAUUCUGACAUCAUUAGCAAUCCAGCUGAUGGUGUGAGAACAAGAUCUACAACUGCACAUGAGUGUGCAUAUGCUGGGUUCUUAAGCAAGAUAGAACCUAAGUCUGUCAAAGAAGCUCUGAAUGACUCAGACUGGAUUCAAGCUAUGCAAGAAGAGCUUGAUCAGUUUGAAAAGAGCAAGGUAUGGGAUCUAGUACCCAAGCCUAAGGACAAAUCUGUCAUAGGCUCAAAAUGGGUAUUCAGGAAUAAAUCUGAUGAGAAUGGCAUAAUCACCAGGAACAAAGCAAGUGAGGUUAUGGGGGUAAAAAUCACCAUAAAGGAGGAAACACUCAGAGAUGUCCUCCGGUUAGGUGUUGAUCAAGAAAACACCUUACUGGAUAAGGCAGAUGUGCAACAAACCUUGAUAGAAAUGGGCUACAAUUCAAACAAUGUGUCAAGGCAGAAGAAAUCAAAUAAAAAAUUAGAGAUAAAUGCUUUAUCAGAAACUGUCAAAGCUGUGCAGAAGCAGACAGAAGAUAACACUGCAGCUCUUAACAAACUGCAAGAGUCAUCAGAAAACAGAGAGAGCUCAUCAGAAUUCAAGAAAGGUCUCAAUGAACUACAAGAAAUCAAGAAACAAAUGGCUGGAGUUGCAACUGCAGGAGAAAGCUCAAGUUCAGGAAGAAUUCUUCAAGAAAUACAGUUCCUCAGAGCCAACAACAGCAGCAUGACUGAGGCUUUUGAGAAGCUGUUGGUAGAAUUAACUGCUCAAAGAAAUUAA